AAAGUUGCCGCGCAAUACACGCUGCACCAAAAGGAAGACGUAAGUCUCAAUUGAGGAGCGGGAAAUUCUUGAGAGCAAGCUCACAUUUAACAACCGCAGCUACCUGACGAAAUACGAAACGCUGUUGUUUGAUCCCCCUCUCUCUCUCUCUCUCUCUCUCUCUCUCUCUUUAUCGAGCACUGUAGCAAACUGCGCGCGAUCACUGCUAGUGGCAUUAGCUUGAGCCAGUGUGGUUUACAGCCAGUGUGGUCUGUAAACCACAGUAUAAAAGUAGUGGAUUUCAAGAUAUGGAAUUGAAGAGAAAUAACACAAAUCAUGAUGUCAAUGAUGCGGAACGCAGUUCUCCACCUCUGGGAGUUCUGAUGUGGGUGAAAAUACAUGAUGGUUUAUGGUGGCCUGCACAGGUUGUAGAUGAUAAGAUGGUAUGCGAUAGCAAUAAACUCAAUGACAUAAUAGAGGGUGGAUUUCUUGUGCGGCUCUAUGGAAGCUAUGACCACUUAUGGGUGGAUCCGAUGAUUGAUCGAUCUGAGUUUGAAGAUAUUGUUAAGCAAAACAAUUACAGUGAAAAGGAGACCUUCAGAAAAGUUUUAGAGCUGGACAUUGCUGAAACCAAAGCUGGUGAUAAGUCUAAACGGAAACCUGCCCAAUCUAAAGGAAAGGAUUACACCAAGGAGAAGAAACCAAAGAAAUGCAUGGUCGAACAGGAUCAGAAAGAAACUAAAGCAGCCUCUGAAACCAGAAGCUUAGAAUGCUCGAAUGACUCAGGGACAAGGCGAGUGAAAAUGAUGCGUUGCCUUGGCCUUACUGCUCCACCUGGGUCUCCCUUCCAAAAUUCACGUUCCUGAGUACUACAGACUUUUUCGUAAUAAUUGAUGGUUCUGUUGUGACGGUAGUGGUUUCUGUUUUACACGGUUCUCUUGCCAAACCAACCUUUUUUCUCGCACUGAAUUUCUUUGGGUGCUAAAGUAGCGGUUAUGAAUGAAUCAAUGUCCAUGUGGAUAUGCUUUCCCUGAAGUUUUGCGGAAGCCCUUUGGAAAGAAGAAAAGCAAAAUACUUGACCUGAAGUUUUGGGUUUCACUGGUUGUCGUUUGCUUGAAAUACUGUACAGGGAAGCCAUUGGAUUGAGCUUCAUUUUGCUUUAGGGUUUUGUUAGUGCAAGAAGCUCAACGCAUUUUGGUUUUUAACAUGCGAACGUCAUUUGACCCUUAAAAUGCAGUAUGCUUGUUUUUGUUCCAUGCAUGAUGCUGGUAAAUGAAUGUUGACUGUCAAGUCGUUUACAUGCA